CAACAAACUCAGGCCCUUCUGUCUAAGAAUUUUCUUAAAAAAUGGAGAAUGAAAAAAGAGAGCUUAUUGGAAGAACAAUCGUUGGGACUCCUGAUGAAGAAACCAUGGACAUAGUACUUGCAAAAAACUACUCGGAAAUGGUGGGAAUUGUGUUUAAUGAUACUCACUCAUAUUGGCUGAAGUUUAGCUGGGGACAUAGAAUCCCAGUUAUGAGAGAACACUUUGAAUACUCAGAACAUUGCUGGGCUAUGCGUGAUGAAAUUUUUUGUUCCUUGACAACAUACUGGCAAAGAGGGUUUGUGGCUUUUCAAACCACAAUUAAUGCUGCAGUUAUAGAAGUCACAACAAAUCGUUCUGUGAUGGAAGAGUUGACAUCAGUUAUUGGAAUAAAUAUCAGUACACCCCCUUUCAUUUCUAAUGAAGAAACUACAAAUGAAUGGUUUAUUUUUAUUCGUGUAGUUUAUUUCUCCCCUUUUGUAUAAUCAUUAAACAUUACAAAGGAAUGA